CCGUCUGGGUCCCCGGCUGGCGGCGACGCUCCGGGAAGCCCGUCUCCGCCCUCGCCCCCGAUCCUCCUCUUGGGAGGUGGGGAGAGAGUUCGGGGGCUGGAAGCCAUCGGGAACCGAGCCCAAAACUUUCCCCGGAGCCCCGCGUUCCUUUUGUCUUUCUUGGCAGCGGGGCGGAGACGCCUUAGCUGCGAUCCGCUUGUCCUGCCUGGCCUCGCUCGCCUUGCCCCACCGGUGCCCCGGGAGGGCAGGGGUGCUGGGACUCCGCGCGUCCGAUGGCGGCGGCCGCGUCCCCCAGAUGCGCGAGUCAGGGCGCCCGCACCCCGGCCUGACUCAUCCUCCCGCGGUGACCGCGCGGGGCGUCCUCAGCCUGAGCCCCGCGGGGAUGGGGAGUGAGACCGAGGCUGCCCGCCGUUGCCCAGAUUCCUCCUGACGCCCCCGACCCGGCCGCCUCCCACGCUGGUCCCCGGAGGCGCACGCCGUCGCGACAGCUGCGAGAGCGAAGAGCCCCAAGAGGCCACCCAAGCCCGGAGACACGGCGCUCAGGACAGAGCACAAGAGGAAGCUAUGAUAGCCACUGGUGGAGUCAUCACCGGCCUGGCGGCCCUGAAGAGGCAGGACUCUGCCAGGUCCCAGCAACACGUCAACCUCAGCCCAGCGCCUGCUGCUCAGGACCAGAAACCAGUCCGGCGGCGCCCACGAGCUGACGUCGUGGUGGUUCGUGGAAAGAUCCGGCUUUAUUCUCCAUCCGGCUUUUUCCUCAUUCUGGGAGUGCUGGUGUCCAUCAUAGGGAUCGCCAUGGCAGUCCUUGGAUAUUGGCCCCAGAAGGAGCAUUUCAUCGAUGCAGAAACCACCCUGUCCACCAACGAGACGCAGGUGGUGCGGAACCAGGGCGGUGUGGUGGUGCGCUUCUUUGAGCAGCAUCUGCACUCGGACAAGAUGAAGAUGCUUGGCCCCUUCACCAUGGGCAUCGGCAUCUUCAUUUUUAUCUGUGCCAACGCCAUCCUUCACGAGAACCGCGACAAAGAAACCAAAAUCAUCCACAUGCGGGAUAUCUACUCCACGGUCAUCGACAUCCACACGCUGAGACUCAAGGAGCAGAAGCAGGCGAACGGCCUGUAUGCAGGCUUGCUGGGAGAGGUGGAGGUGAAGCAGAAUGGUAGUCCCUGUGCAUCCAGGCUGGCCGCCACCACCUUGGCCUCCUUCUCAGGCAUGCGGAACAGCUUUCGCGUGGACAGCUCGUUGGAGGAGGAUGAGCUCAUGCCCAGUGAAAGUAAGAGCCUGGGGCAUCUCAAGCCUCCUCUGCUAUCUGACAGCGCAGUCUCUGUCUUUGGCCUUUACCCACCUCCAUCCAAGGCCGACGACGACAAGACCAGCAGCUCCAAGAAGUGUGACACCAAAUCGAUCGUGUCAUCAUCCAUCAGUGCUUUCACGCUGCCUGUGAUCAAACUUAAUAACUGUGUCAUUGAUGAGCCCAGUAUAGACAGCAUCACUGAGGUGGCGGACAACCUCAAGAGCAGGUGCAGGAAUCUUUCCAUGGAUUCCCUGAUGGUUCCACUGCCCUGCUCUGGUGAGUCCUUCCAACCCUCCAGCACAUUACUCCCGAGAAACAAUUCUGUUGGGGAGUCCCUAUCCAGUCAAUACAAGUCCUCUGUGGCCCUGGGACCCGGGACUGGACAGCUCUUGUCUCCUGGAGCUGCUAGAAGACAGUUUGGAUCCAACACAUCCUUACAUUUCCUCUCUUCUCACUCCAAAUCCCUGGACUUAGACCGGGGUCCCUCCACGCUCACAGUACAGGCAGAACAAAGGAAACACCCCAGUUGGCCUCGGUUGGAUCGAAGUAACAGCAAAGGGUAUAUGAAACUGGAGAACAAAGAGGACCCGAUGGAUCGGUUGCUGGUUCCCCAAACAGCCAUCAAAAAAGACUUUACCAAUAAAGAGAAACUUCUUAUGAUAUCAAGAUCCCAUAACAACUUGAGCUUUGAACAUGAUGAGUUUUUGAGUAACAACUUGAAGCGAGGAACUUCUGAAACAAGGUUUUAGUGUUUAAAAAAAAACAGAUCAUUUUUCCAAGGAGAUAUCUAUACUAUUUUCACCACUGUUUUCCUUCUUAAAGCCUUGGUUCUAAGCCUUUUCAAAUCCAAUGGUACUGUGUUAGAAAUGGCUGGUUAAUUCUGUAAUGAAGAUGGCUGUAUGUAUGGGUUCCUUUUCCCUGCGUUACUAUAGGUUGUGGGGUUUUGUUUCCUCACUCUUUGAAAGCAUGGUUUCUUUUGUUGAUGUGAAGGCAAAAUACCUGCAUUUCUAUUAAGAACUUGGCUUUAGUUUUAAUUCUACCACCAAUGAUCAUCUUCACAGAAUGAAGUGGCCAAUACAGAAAGUGUAAGGUACCAAAGUGUGGGCAAGAAGUGUUAAAUUCAGGUCCAUCCAAUACUCAAUAGAUGUAUUUAUAAAGGAGGGUGAGUGCAAUCUUAAAUGUGAUUUUUCUGAAAUUGUUUUAUACAGGAUUGCUUGCAUUACUUAAAAAGAGAAUGAAUUUCUAUUACAUCUGUUAAUGAAUCUUACUCUGAACUCUUUGUGGGCAGUAUAUAUCUUUUUUCAACGUCAGCUCUGUUAGGGUAAUAUUUUAAUGAAAAAAAAAAUGAUGGCUGAGAAAGGCCAUGGUUUAGGCAUAGAUACCAAAAACCUAUUAGCUGUAACUUUACAGACUCAGAAUCAAAAUUUCUCUGCAAACUGAUUUGGAAAUUGAAUAGCCAACGUAGUUUGUAGAAUUUCUGUCUUGAUACAUGCAGAGAAAAUGCUGCCUAAGGAAUGAAGAUACUAUUUGCUAGUAUCUAACUUUUUCUAGCCAUCUCUGUUGUUCAGUACUCACUCAUUCCCAUUUCCUUAUUUUCCUCCAAUAUUUCUAUUAUUUGGAAAAUAUCAGCUAACCAUGACAUUUCUUCAUAUCUCCACAUACCACUAGCUUGGGUGUUGAAGAAAAUUUAGAACUUGAUAAACUGCCUUGUAACUGACAUUGUGAUGGAAAAUCUUCUGCUAACUCCAAAGACUUUCUCAUGGUUAAGAAAUGUUUAGGGUUGUGGUUCUCAAAUAUAUUCAGUACUAAAGUGGAUAUUUCCAUCAGACAUUGUUCAUGUUUUCUGUGAAGGUAACAUCGUUUUAAGAAUUGUUUGAUGGGAUCCUAGAAGGGUGGCCCAGCAGUCAAGAGCAUUCGCUGCUCUUGCAAAGAACCCUGAUUUCAUUCGUAGCACCCACACGGGUGGUUCACAAUCAUCUGUAACUCCAGUUUCAGGGGAUCUAACACUCUCUUCUGGCCUCCAAGGUCACCAG